CCUGUUCUCUUUAUUACGCCUGGGAUUUGUAUUUUUGUAUAAUGCCUCAGAACUCAGUAGGAGCUAAGCUAUACACCAAAGUGUUCAAGCAACGAAAUGGGUCGAGGCCAAUUCGAUUCCAAAGCUAUAAGGACUGCUCAUUUUCGAUCAUGCAACGUGUCCAGUUACACCACUGAAUUGCUGGAGAUUCAUGCUGAUGAUCCUAAAAUGCAUGUUUUAUUCAUCCCUGGAAAUCCAGGUGUUGUUGCAUUUUACAAGGACUUUGUGGAAUCACUGUACGAGUUUCUUGAAGGCCAUGUAUCUGUAACAGCUAUUGGGCACACUUCUCACACGAAAAAGAACUGGGACCAUGGACGGUUGUUCUCAUUAGAAGAACAAAUAGACCAUAAGAUGGAUUUCAUCAAGCAGGAGCUAGAAAACAUUGAAGUUCCUAUAAUACUGGUUGGGCAUUCUAUUGGUUCAUAUAUGGCUAUUGAUAUAUUUAGGAGAUCCUUGGAGAAGGUGACAUAUUGCAUUGGACUAUAUCCCUUUUUGGAAAUAAACCCAGAAUCAAAGAUGCAGCCUAUUAUUCGGAAGAUCGCAGCGUCACAAGUUUUAAGUGUUGCAAUUAGUCUUAUAAUAGCAUCGUUGAAAUUUUUACCAAGCUGGGCUUUGAGGCUGAUUGUGACAAACUCUCUGGGGAAAUCAUGGUCAGCUGCUGCACUUGAGGCUACUUGCUCACACUUGGUGCAGUACCAUACUAUCCGGAAUUCACUCUUUAUGACAAUGACAGAGUUCCAAAAGCUUACAGAAACACCAGAUUGGGCAUUUAUGAGAGAAAAUCGGGAGAAACUUGCAUUUUUGUUUGGUGUUGAUGAUCACUGGGCUCCACUUCAAAUGUUUGAAGAGAUUUCCAAUCAGGUCCCAGGCAUUGCUCUAUCAACUGAAAGCAACCAUACUCACACUUUCUCAUGCACUGAGGCUGGUUCAUCAUUUGUUGCAAAGUAUGUAGCAAGCUUGAUCAAGAAUCAAUUAUUGUGUUCAGGGCACUGAGGAAAAUCAAAACCUGCUAGUAGAACUACAGUAUCAUUGACAGAAGAUUGGCUUCCUCUGGCUUGUAUCGACCCUUUUGACUCUUUGAUCUCUGGACCAGCACCUUGACCGCAUAUAAUUAUACUUAAGGUGUAAGUUCCCUGCUACAAGACCAACAAUUGAAGACAUAGAACAUAAUUGAUGUGAUGUGCUUACUUGGAAUGUGGAUGCUACCGAUGUCAUCACGUAACUUGCAGUGACAUAAGAGUUACUUUUAUUUUCAUUUUUAUAUUUUCAUUUUUAUUUUAGGCAAAGUUUAAUGUAAAUAGUAAAUAACCAUUGGAUCACUUGCAACUCUUUAAAAUCGAGAGCCUUGUUCUUGUUCUCCUAUUGCAGGAAGA